UUCUCAAGAAUCGAUCGGAACUCCAAUCAGAAGCAAAAAACUGUAACAAGCUCUUUGUUCUUAGAGAUAGAACCAGAUAAUCCCAUCAUUCACCCCUGAUCCCGAGAUCAAACGUAUUUCCAGUUCCGGUGGGGUCGCCGGAAGUCGCCGAGCGUGACGAGUCUAACGGAAAAACGUGGGAAUUUCAACCUUUGCUGAUGAGUUUUGGUUAAAGAGGUCGUGAUGAUUUUUUCAGCUUGGUUGAAGAUGGUCAGUUAACCAAACGAGAUUCGAUGAUUAUCUAGGGUUGAUUGCACUGACACACUUGGAGAGGUUCCCUGAACGGAGGAUUUGUUAUUGUUAUCUAACUAGGAAAUGAUUAUUUAAGGAUUGCACUGGUGAUUCUUUUUCGUAAUUUAUCAGAAAAGAGAUUGGACUUCAUCCCGUGAAGAUCUGAAAAGUAGGAGACUAUGGUAGACAAAGAAACUGUUGAUGUUUUGAAGAUGCUACAGUGGUGGAUCAAAAGAAGUGUUGAUAAUGAUCAAGGUAGCAGCUAGAUAAAUGAAGGAAUGAGAAGAUUGAUCCAAAAAGGGUCAAGAUAGCUAAAAGAUUUUUAAAGUCUCGUGAGGUGCAAGACUCCUGAAGAAGUCAGAAGAGUGAGAGGGGUUUUCUGAUAGAAGUCCGACCGGUCGGACAUCCCACUCUGGGCAUAGUUGUGACGUCAGACUGCCACCAAGCUGUAUGACCAGUUCGUGCUCAGGCGAGCUGCAGGAUAGAAGUGAAGUUACUCCAGGAACCGGCCGGCUUUAAUUUUUUUUUAAUUAACAAAAAAUUAACUGGGGAUAUUUUGGAAGCUGGAGCUUGGACUUUGAUUGGGAAAGUGGCUGGAGUAAUUUUUGCAAAGAAGUGUAGUGUUAUUUGUUGUAACUUUUGUGAAGUUCGGUCGGAAUUUUAGGUAGUGGUUGAUAAUAUUUUUGGAUCAGGUCUGAGUUUCCGGAUAGUGAUUAAUAAUCCUUGAUAUAUUGGUCUCGGUUCUUGGAUAGUGAGACAUGUUUUUGGAUAAGUUUCCUUUGUGAAACGAAGAAAGGAUCAAGGAUUAGGUGCCUGGUUCCGGAUGAUACAGAUGAAUUUGAAGAGAACCCUUAGACCAGUGCGCAGAAAAGGUGUGAAAUGUUGUGUGUCAUGAGGAGAUUGGUGUCGAUCGGGAAGCCUACUCGAUACCUGGUGCUCGGUUGAAAUUGUUGGUAUAUCAGAGGUGCACAACUCAGGAAUGCGAAGGACGUAGAAGCAGUUGGAUAUAAAUGUGAUAUAUCCAGAGGUGUUUCGUUGAAUUGAUAUAAUAGUUAAAUUCGUGAAAUUAGUGUGUGUUGACGGUGCAAGUGCAACCGGAUAUUGUGGUAGAAGGCCACACCUGCGACAGGAAGGUCGCUGGAUGGUAUUAUGACCGUGUCUGGUGAACCCUGUGAGUCCGUUGUCUUUGGAUAGUUGCGUCGUUUGCUACUGAUCAACCUGAAAACAUCACCUCGGAGAGGAAAGCAAAAUGGGAAACCACCCGUCCGCCCACCAACCGCUCGAAAGAGCCACCAGUCAUGGAAAUGGUCUUCGACUAUCGAGAAGGGAGAGAUCUCCAGGCAAAAGGAUGGAUCGACUUAGGAGAAGUUUCAGGGAUAGUUUUCGAAGGCGGAGAGUUCCUCCAGUUCCCGAAUCUAGCAGGCCUCAUCAGUGGCAGUCUGAUGAAACUGCAGUCAAAUCAUCGACUUGUCUAUUUAAUGUUAAGUAUUUGGGCUGCGUAGAAGUUUUCGAAUCGAGGGGGAUGCAAGUUUGCGAAGAGGCAUUGAGAGUUCUGAGGAAUUCAAGAAGGAAACCCAUCAGAGCAACUCUUCACGUUUCUGGUGAUGGUUUGCGAGUCGUUGAAGACGAGACGAAAGGUUUGCUGGUCGACCAAACGAUAGAAAAAGUCUCCUUCUGUGCUCCAGAUCGAAACCAUGAAAAAGGUUUCAGUUACAUCUGUCGAGAUGGCACCACUAGACGGUGGAUGUGUCACGGUUUUCUCGCUCUAAAGGAGUCGGGUGAAAGACUCAGUCACGCUGUGGGGUGUGCAUUUGCCGCGUGUCUGGAGAGGAAGCAACGCAGGGAUAACGAAUGCGGGGUAACUAUGACCUUCGAUUCGAGAACGUCGACCUUCACGAGGAGCGGAAGCUUUAGGCAACCGAGUCUCACUGAAAGGCUGCAGGACUCCCGAGAAAGAUCAGUUGAUGUCCCACCUCUGAGACCAGUUCACAAUCCCUUCGCAAUUGAGAGGCCCCAUGCGACGCCAUCAAUGUUGGAACGUCAAGGGUCCUUCCGAGGAUUUAAUCAAUUGAAUCAAGCCUCUCCCUUUAAAAGACAACUUAGUUUGCGUGUUAAUGAUCUUCCUAGUAAUUUAGAACGCACGCGGAGUCAUAGUUUGGAACCCACCGAUCUUUCUCGUAUGCCCGCUCUAUCACAUAUCAUACCUCAAAAACCACCAGUGAGUCCCAUACCAGAGAUCUCACCAAGUGGUCAUGAAAGCCUGUCAGCAAUGUGUCAGCAGGUGACUCAAGGACUCAAUCUUCUCUCCAGCAAUAAUGAUUUUGGACCAACAACUACAAUUUCGAUCACGAGUUCAGUUGCAAAACAGCUUUUCACCAGCAAUACAGCCACUAUGCAAGUGAACAACAGCAACUCCCUGGAUGACAUAAAACUCCAAAACGGUACAAGCCUCAACAACAACAACCAGAAUGACAACGAAAAUUUCAACUCGAACUUGAACCAUACAGCUGGACUCAAUUGGAAAGAGUCCUCUUCGCCUAUUCUAGCCAUGAACCACAGAUUAACGCCCGUCUUGAAUCGAACCUGUAAUCUGAGUCCAGUUCUGGUCAGGACGAAUGUCUCGGCAGUGAUGAGCACUCCCGCAGUCUCUACUGGAGUCUCAGUUUUCGGAACCUCGGGAGCCAGUCCGGCCUUCAGUACUGCUUCAACAUCUUCGCAGAGCAGCGGAGGAACCCAUCUGAACCGAUCUCCAGUGCCUGCGAAUCCAAUCUCAGCCUCGGUCACGAGUUCUCCCAACGCGAGCGUCACUUCCAUCUCUUCGGCUCAGUCCUCGACAGCCUGCGAAGUCAGUCAAAUCACGACCAGAGCCAAUCUCUCGAAUGUCCAAGCAGUGCAGUCCUCAGUGGAUUUACCAAAACCGGAACAGUGGUUGGGCAGCGUAACGGGAUCAGUGCCGCCACCUUCAGUGCAAUCAGUCCCCCCAAUACCUUCCAGUCCACGACGAGCGCCACCUCUUCACGCGAGAGCCCAAUCCUUGGGCUCAUCGGCCCUGAGCCAAACAAGUACGCGGGGCCCCACGGACCCCUUUGACGCCGAAUGGGCCGAAAUAGCUGCUCGAAAUCUCCGUCAGGCGUCGCAAACGAACCCCUUCAUCAUGCCCAACACGACUCAGGCCUUCCAGGUGCAAUUGUAGCGUCAGGAGUUCGUUAAAAGCGUCGCAAAAUUCUAUCGAACAAAUUCUCAUCAGUGAGAACCGAGUCCUCAACUCUCGCCGAAUCGCAAGCAGACCUGACUGAUGAUAUUGUCGCAUUUAGGGCCGAAACAUUGUUCGUGUCUCAAUGAGCGGAGUAGAACCUCCACAAAGCGUUGAAUUGAUUAGAGUGGAACCUCUUUCGUAUCCAGGGGGGGGGGGAUUAGAACAUUGAGUAUGUAUAGGCCACUGUUCGGUAGAAACCCACUCGUUUAAAAAGACGUACAGUAGAACCUCACUCGCGCCCAAUGACACAUAAUAGAACCUCACUUGUAUUUACUGGAAUGCAUCUUAACCAUGCCCAAUGGACCAUUUAAGUACAUUAGAACCUCAUUAGUGCCCAUUGGCAUGCAGCGGAACCUCACUCGUGUCAAUUGGACAAUUUACGAACAGUAGAACCCCAAUCGUGUCUAUAGAACCUCAUUUGGGUCUUUUUGACCAUUCGCGCGCAAUAGAACUGCACUCGUGUCCACCGGACAAUUGACGAAGAUUAGAACUCUAAUCGUGCCCAAUAAACUGCGAUAGAACCUCAUUCGUGUCUAUUGGACCGCGGAUACGCAGUAGAACCUCGCUCGUACCUACUGGACAAUUGGCGAACAUUAGAACCCCAAUUGUACCCAAAGACAUAUACAGAGCCCCAAUCAUGUCCACUGAACAAUUUACGAACAGUAGAACCUCAAUUGUGUCCAAUGGCGUAUGAUAUAACUUCAUUCGUGCUUAUUGGACCGCUGGUGCGCAGUAGAACUUUGCUCUUGUCCACUGGACAAUCGCCGAAGAUUAGAACCGCAAAUUGCGUCCAAAGAUAUAGAUAGAACCUCAAUCGUGCCUAAUGGCAUGCGAUAGAAACCCAUUCGUUUCCAUUGGACCCUUGACACGCAGUGGAACCUCACUCCUGUCCACUGGGCAAUUGAAUUGCAGUAGAACCUCAAGCGUGUACAAAGGCAUAGAUAGAACGUUAAUCAUGUCCAAAGGUAUAUGGUAGAACCUCACUCGUGCUCAUUGCACAAUUCAUGAACAUUAAAGCCCCGGACGCCCCCAAAGACAGAUAGAACCUCACUCAUGCCCACUGAAGAAUUUACGAGUAGUAGAACCCCACCCGUGUCCAUUGGACAAUUUACGGGCAGUAGAACCUCAAUGAUGCCCAAAGACAUAUAGAAGAACCUCACUCUUGUCCAUUGGGCACUUUGUGAACAGUAGAACCUCAAUUGUUUCCAUUCUGCAGUUUACAAGCAGUGGAGCCUCAAUUGUGCCCAAAGGCAUAUGGUAGAACCUCACUCGAGUCUAUUCGACAAUUGACGAAUAGUAGAACCUCAAUUUUGUCCAUUGGACAAUGGGAGAACAGCAGAACCUCAAUUGUGCCUAAAGACAUAGGCAGAACCUCACCUGUGCCCAUUUGACAAUUGCGGAACAUUAGAACCUCAAUUGUGCCCGUUGGGCAAUUGGAGAACAGUAGAAACCCAAUUGUGGCUAAAGACACAAGUAGACCCUCACUUGUGCACAUUGGACAAUUGAGGAACAUUAGAACCUCAAUUAUGUCCGUCGAACAAUUGGAGAACAUUAGAACCCUAAUUGUGUCUAAAGGCAUAGGUAGAACCACACUUGUGUCAAAAGGAAUGCAAUCUAACUUUUAUCGUAGAACCUCAUUCCUAUGAAAUUUCUGGAAACGAAAGAAUUUCUACUGUAUUGAAGUUCUUAGAGCCGGGAGGUAGAAAUCUUGGACCGAAAGUGAAUUUUCAAUAAUGAAGAAGAGCUGCUGAGGAUACGCACAUGGCCUUCGGUUUUUAGACAAGCACGCAUAAGUGAGCAACCUCGUCGAACGAUGUUACAAACGAAAGGAUAAAAAUGAGAAUUUAUGGAUUGUGGAUUACGAAUUACAAGUUGCAAAUGACAAAUUAUUCGUUACAAAUGAAGAGUUGUUACGAAAUUGUUAAAAAUGGCGUCCGGAGGACCAAAAGUUUCUGGGCAAAGGACCAAGGCUGCGCUUUCUACUUGAUAUAAUUAAAAAGGAAAAAUCUCUUGAAUUAUUGAGGAGUAGUGAUGAUUUUUUGCCCUAAAACAAGUACAAAAAAUUGGAAAUUGUUUCAGGAGGUUGAAAAAGAUUUUUCUGAAAUUUUAGUCGACAAAUUGGUAAAGUUACAGACGGGAUAAAUUAAUUUUCAAUAAAUUUUAUGAAAAUAAAUAUAAAACAAUGGAAGCGCAGAGAUUGCAAGGGAAUGAUAAAUAUAGUCUAUAAAUAAUUCUCAAUUCAGCUCGCACGCAGAAUUAACACGCACCAAGAUUAACGCUGCACCGACUUACCAAUAAAAAUACGUAGAUCCCGUCCCGUUCCUCGAGGGGGCAUUUAUAUAUACAUACAUACAUACAUAUAUAUAAUAUAUAUAUGUGUAUGUAUGUAUAUGUAUAGAAAAAAUAAAAAUUUACUUAUGGCACGAGAAAAUUUGUUGAGAUCGUUCGCCAAGGACUGCAAAAACAAAACGAAAUACUCGACAGAAAUUAUACUAAUUUGUUAAUUUAUAACCACUAGUGAAUUCGGGCGAACACAUUUUUUCGAAUUCUUUCGAAUUCUUUCGUAUUAUUGUUCAAUUAUUGCGAAUUUUCUCAAUUCUUUAAAUUUAUUGCAUUGGUAUUUAUUCUU